GAGUCAAGUGCAGGAGUGAGGUGGCAGCUGCUGGAUCAGCCACCACCGGCGGCCACCCUGUGCCCAGCACAGACAUCAGCCCUGCAUGCUCCAGCUCCUGGGACACAUUCUGCUCACUGCCCCAUGGUGCAGGACACCAGCUCAUGGUGGGACACAACAGAGCUCCAGGGAGAGCCAGAGGAUGAGGAGGAAGGUUUUGACCACAUCUCCUGAUGGGGACAGCGCUGUAAGGUCACUCCUCCAGCCAGCCCCAGGCCAGCACAUGGGGGAUGAUGAGAGGGACCGCAGCCGCCCACACCAGCCCAACCCCAAAUCUCCACCCAAACCUGAACCACAGUGAGGUAUGAGGUGGAGGAAGAGAAGCCAGAGGGCAAGACAGGGCCCAGAGCCACCUGUCCAUGUCCUCCCAGCUCCCUGCAAGGUCACAGUGGUUGGAGCCCGCUCUGCCCUGCUGCAGUGGACAUUGUGUCCACCAAGCUGUGGGACACUCCUGACCCAGCAGGAUCAGGCCUCACUCCAAAGCCUCCUGCACCCCGGGAUCCAUGGAGGGCAUGGGACCCACUCCUUCCCCCACGCUGAACCCCAGUGGCACCCGAGGGGACAUGGGGACCCUCUGCUUCCUGCUCCCCUGAGCCACCCAUGGGACAGGGGGCACUGCUGGGGCAAAAGGGCCUCCGUCCUCCCCAGGAUUAUGAAAUCUGUUUGGGUGGAGGUGGCAGCCCCAGCGGCGUUCCCAAACCCGCCCGGUGCCCGGGCCGGCUGCCAGCACCAGCACGGCCAACCCGGGCCACCGCCAGAAACACCCAGAAGGCGGCUGUUUACUGCAGCCCGGGGGUCCCCGGCCAGAGCGGGGGGAGCUUCACAGCAGGAGCACCCCCCCCACACCAAGCACCACUUCGGAUAUCCGGGGCUAAAACUCUCCUGUGCUGCAUUUUGCCAGCUUUCCUCCCCCUCAAAACCUGGAUUUGGGGAGCGCAGCCUCGCCCCGCAACUGCUGCCCCCCGGGAGAGCCCCGGCAGGAUGGAGUGGGGGGGACGAGGCCUCCGGGAGAGGUGUCACCUGUCCCCACACCUCGGCGUUCCAACAGGAGCCACAAUCUUGUGGGGUCUCCAGGAGCUGUUGGAGCCCCACACUCCAAGACCGGCCGAGGGAAAACAGGAAAGCGAGCAGGGCUGUGCCGGAAGGCGGCUAUUGUUGGCCAGGGAGCAGAGGGAGCGUGAGGGGCAGGAGGCAUCGUGGCCACCCUGUCACCCCUCUGUGCCCUGAGCCACUCAUGGCUGCCCACUCCCCCUGAAUGUGCCCCUGUGUGGGCUUGGGGCUGUCCAGGGCUUCCACUCCCACCCCACUGCUCUGCUUUGGAAGGGAAAAUAAAUAAACCUCCUUUUUCCGUGUGUUGCUUCCCUGGCCCAAGGAGGGCCCAGCUUCCCACCCCUGGAAGC